AUGCCAGGCCUCAGCGAUCGAAGUAAUCCAGUUGGUGAAAGCGUGGACAAUACUCACUUAUUGAAACCAGCCAUUUGGGAUGAAGAAGAUAACAGUCACUUAUUGAAACCAGCCAUUUGGGAUGAAGAAGAUAACAGUCACUUAUUGAAACCAGCCAUUUGGGAUGAAGAAGAUAACAGUCACUUAUUAAAACCAGCCAUUUGGGAUGAAGAAGAUAACAGUCACUUAUUGA